AUGGCUACACAUACCGAGGGCCACCCUGCUGUGCUCACCAUCGCUGGAUCGGACUCUGGCGGAGGCGCGGGCAUCCAAGCCGAUCUCAAGUCAUUCACAGCACUGCAAUGCUAUGGUGCCAGCGUCAUCACGGCGUUGACUGCUCAGAACACUCUCGGUGUACAAGACAUCCAUUCUGUCCCGCCGUCCUUCGUCACGAAGCAGAUGGAUUCUGUCUUCAACGACCUCCCUAUCCGUGCCAUGAAAACCGGGAUGCUGUCUGACGCUGGAGUGGUCAAGGCUGUCGCAGACGCCCUCAAAGCACGCUUCCCGGACUCUUUCCGCCCUCCCCUCGUCUGUGAUCCCGUUUCAGUGUCAACGUCCGGGCACAACCUCUUGCAACCAGACGCUGUGGAUACUCUGAUUACCGAGCUUGUACCUCUCGCGACGGUAAUCACCCCCAACAAAAGCGAGGCUGAACUUCUUCUCCGUACCAUCCAUGGCAAUGAACGCCCCAUCGAGAAUUUAGAAGACAUGUUCUCGGCCGCUCGCGACCUGCUGAAGCUCGGCCCGCGCGCAGUGCUAGUAAAAGGUGGUCACCUCACCACUACUUUCUCGCUAGUGAAGCAGGCCAUCUCGGCACACCCCGACGUUCGCGUGCAGAGGGAUGGUAUACUGUCCGAGAACAUGGAGAUUCUGCAAGUCGUCGAGCCUAACCUCCAAGACGCUUCACUCGUCGUGGACGUGUUAUGCGAGGCUGACGGACACACGACAAUGUAUCUCAGCCAGCGUAUUGAGUCCAAAAAUACACAUGGAACUGGUUGCACGUUGAGCGCCGCUCUUGCGUGCGGGCUUGCUCGCGGUCUGUCAGUUCAAGACGCCGUCGCAUUUGCGUCUGCGUAUACACAUCAGGGAAUUGCCAGUGCCUUCCCUAUGGGAUCCGGGCAUGGUCCACUGAACCACAUGCAUUCUGUUGUUCCUCGUAUCAUUCCUCAGCCGACGGCUACCAACCCGCAUCCAUUCGUUCGGAUGCUCAUCGCGAAGACGAAGGUCAUCUGGAAGCAGUACGUCGAGCAUGACUUCGUGAAACAGUUGGGCCGCGGCACAUUGCCCCGCGAAAGCUUCAUCCACUUUCUGAAACAGGACUACCUAUACUUGAAGUACUACUCUCGAGCACAUGGUCUCCUCGCGGCGAAGUCUCCAAGCUAUGAUGCAGUCGGGCGAUCAGCUUCGAUCAUUCUUCACAUCGUCCAAGAGAGCACGAUGCAUAAGGCGUACUGUGAGAAGUGGGGCAUCACGAACGAUGAGUUAGAGAAUGGCGUCGAAUCUGCGGCGUGCACUGCAUACGGCGCCUACAUCCUUGACGUCGGUCUUCGAGGCGACGCGUCGCUUCUUUUGAUGGCGCUUGCGGCGUGCCUGCUUGGGUAUGGCGAAGUUGGUUUGUGGCUCAAGCGCGAGGCUGCGCUCCCGAACAGUUGGGUCAGGCUCGAAGGCAACCCGUACUUGAAGUGGAUCGAAGACUACUCCGGCGAGGAUUAUCAAGCCGCUGUCAGGGAUGGUCUUGCUCGCAUCGAGGCCAUGGCAGCGAGCGAUCCGCCCUCUCAGGAACGCUUCGACAAGUGGUGUGGCGUGUGGGAGAAAUGCACGCGUUUAGAGAAAGGCUUCUGGGACAUGGGGCUGAACUUGUCGAUGUGA